AAUAAAAGAGAAUAGUUCAGACGAACUCUUGAAAAACAAAACUUUUGAAACGUCUUAACUCGGGAAUUUCACUUUCAGCAAAAACGGGUUCCGAGUUGUUUCGAACCGGGCAAAACAAAAAAACAAAAAAAACAAUAGACACAUUUCCGCUCUACUUCCUUAUUGCUAGGUAGCGAAGCCGUCUUUUUUAGCCAUGCUUUGUUAAUGUUAGUCUUUAGUUUUAUCUGUAUCAUUGAAGUUGAAAACUUUGAGCCAGGUACGAAAUAUCGCGCGGUUAUAUUGUAGUCAUUCGGUUACGUGACAACUAUUAGUUAUCUAUCAAGUAGUUGAGCUGAAAAGUUAAGUUGGAAAGCAAGGUGGUUUUCAGAUUAAAACUCCUUACACGCAAACUCGCGGACUCGCACAAUUCUUACGUUCAAGGAAAAUGGCACAUUCAAGAAAAAAAGCGAAAAAGGAUGAGGAUGACCUGCGAGGAGCUACUGGCGGUGAAGAUGUCAUAGAUGACCAAAUCAUUGAGCAAGGAGCUGUAGUAUUAAGAGGAUAUGUAAUACAAAGAAUUCACACAGAAAAUCCUGAAGUACACGUCAGCCAUGAGAUCCUGGGGGGAACUCCCUCUGAGGGAGAUGAUCCCCAAGUGAAAGAGGUGGUGUGUCAGCUACUCAAAAUAGCUGAUGAUCUUAAUCGCAAUACUGAACUUCAACACCUCAUUAAUACUGUACAGGCUAACUGUGCCCAGGAUGUGUUUGUCACAGUGGCCAGAAGCAUCUUCUCAGAUGGUAUCAACUGGGGGAGAGUGGUUGCACUAUUUCACCUUGCCUAUAAGCUCAUUCACAAGGCUUUGACCCAAAACCGCUUUGAAAUCAUCCGCCACAUCAUUAGCUGGGUGCUCCAAUUUAUCAGGGAAAACAUUUCGGCUUGGAUCCGCCAGCAGGGAGGAUGGGAGGGUGUUAUUCGCAGUGUAUCAAGGUGGCGUACAGUUUCCAUCCUAUUUGCUGCGGCUUUCAUCACAGCUGUGGUGUAUUGGAGAAGAACCCACUGAAUUCAGGUCGUACCUCACCUCUGCAAAGUCAAGACAAGACGGCAGGCUAAGAAUUGGAAAUGUCAGACUUUCUGAAAUGCAGGAAACACUGUUGUCUUUCAUUUAAUGGUGACGUUAUCGAUUUUCUUUUGUGUUUUAUUGAUUAUAUACUGUGGUGAUUUGGAAGGAUGGAUGGUACCAGCAGAUGUUUAUUCAUAUGGCUGAAAGUGAACCAUUCCCCUAGACUGUCUUUUUAAAUAGCUUUUUAUACUGUACAUACUAUUCAUUUUCUGUUUUGUGAACCAGUGGUGAAUGGAAAUUGAAUUACAGGGACACAUUAACUUAUUUAAUAAAUCAUAAAAGCAAACAUAGUGCCUUCUUAGUGCAUUUAUAUGAAGCAUGUAAACAGGUGGUGCAAAAAAGGAAUGCUACAGACAGCAAUGACACCACCUAGAAAACCUGAACAGGACAAAUGAUAAAGUGACAAUGGCAUGACUAAAAUUCAGUCAUCAUGGGGAAACAUUAUGCUCUCAUGACGUAAGUGGAUAUAAUUAGUAAAUAAAGUCAUGAGGUGAAAUGUUAUGAAAUGUGUUAAUCUACCUUGUGUUAAUUGUUUGUUGAGCAAUAAAUUGUGGUUUAGGCAUAUAUAAACAGUGAAAUAUGACAAUGGCAUGACUAAAAUUAAGUCAUCAUGGGGAAACAUUAUGCUCUCAUGACGUAAGUGGAUAUAAUUAGUAAAUAAAGUCAUGAGGUGAAAUGUUAUGAAAUGUGUUAAUCUACCUUGUGUUAAUUGUUUGUUGAGCAAUAAAUUGUGGUUUAGGCAUAUAUAAACAGUGAAAUAAAGCCAGCAGUUGUUAAAAUAAUA